UAUAAAUUUUCACUCCAUUUUCAUGCACUGGUAAUCCUUCUAGCAAAGGCGAAUGUUGCCUCGCUGAACCGCGAUCGUCGCUCCUCAUUCUUUCCUCAUUUUGUUCAGAUACAAGCACGCAACCUUUGCAGGUCUGAUCUUCGCCCUAUUUCUGGUAACCUUCCUUACGUUGCGUUUAAAAUGUCACGCUGGUAGGGCACCCCUAAACUGGCAUGUUGAAACUACACCGUUUUUUCGUCGAAAGCACGGGUCGGACUGUCGCAAAAUAUUUGCUGACGACAAGAGAGAAGUCAAUGCUGCGCGAAAGGAUAAGCGUCCAACAAUGACAGCGUUCGAAAGUUAUGAAUUGUUUGCCAACUGCUCCAAGGUUUUGCAGCGUCACUACUACCCUACAGUAUCGAGAAGCCCGACAGAAGCUGCCUUUCCACUGGGUUACGUGGUGUUGCUGAAUGAGCAUCUGGAACAAGUGGAGAUAGCAUUCAAUUCUAUCUAUGCUCCUCAGAAUUUCUACUGUUACCAGAUCGACCUAAAGGCGCCCCAUGUGAUAUAUGCAGCAAUGGAACGCCUUUCCCACUGUUUUCCAAAUGUCGUCGUUAGUCGACGACCAUUCUCUCUCACCCGAGCAAGCGAACACAACCUUGAGAAAACAAAAAUGACUAAAUGGCGCUACUUGAUCAUCCUUGAGACCCACGAUUUUCCUUUACGUAACAACGAGGAAAUAGUUCGCAUUUUGGAUUUGUACAACGACCAGAAUGACGUAGAGCUGACUCAUGAUAUUCCCAGCCGGACGAAGUAUAUUUUUGAACCAUCAUUUGAUGAACUAGGUAUGCAUAAUGGAUAUUCGGAAGUGUCCCUAAGUCGGGCGUUUGUCAACAGUAUCCGGAAACACCCCGCUUUCUGGUCGACCCUUACUCACGACGAAAAUCUUCAACUGCCCGGUUCUUAUCCAGGUCGAUGUCUGCAGACCAACAACAGAAAGACGUUUCUUACUCGUUUCACAAUAUGGCAAUGGGACAAAUAUCCAUGUCGCGGUUACUGGCGCAACAGUAUAUGUGUUUUUUCAUCGGCUGACUUACCUUUUCUAGUCAAUCGGCCGGAGCUGUUUGCGAACAAAUUCUGGCUACCUGAAGACCCAAUAUCCGUAGACUGUCUUCAUGAGCUGCUUUAUAAUAGAACUUAUCUUACUGACGGCAUAACGUCAUUCAACAUCGACGCCUAUGCGAACACCUCUGCGGUGUUGUAUCGCAAUAAAGUAAAUGCCGUAUUUGCUUGCCCGGGUAUAAUCGAUUAG